AUGACAAAGAUGAUGUCAAAUCUUUCAAGGGAUUUAGCGGAGGAGGUGCUCUCUAGGGUACCGGUUACAUCUCUGAGAAGAGUCCGAUCAACUUGCAAAAAGUGGAACACAAUAUCCAAAAAUCACUUCUUUAAAAAGAAACACCUUGGUCGACAAGCAAAACUAGCAACAAAGGAAAGAGAGUUUAUGGUCGUCAUGAUUAUGGAUUUAAGGGUUUAUUUGAUGAGCGUCAAUCUUCACAACGACGUUGAAUCAUGUAUUAACCGUCAAGGUAAACUUAUUGGUCUAGACGAUUCAGAUGAAGUGGAUGUAGCUCAAGUCAUUCACUGUGACGGUUUAUUGCUAUGCAUCACUAAGGACUACAAUAAGCUCAUGGUUUGGAACCCGUAUUUGGGGCAAACCCGAUGGAUUAAGUACGUACAUACCUUCAACGGAUUUGACUUGUAUUCGUAUGCUCUCGGAUACGACAAGAGCAUCAAAUCCUUCAAAAUCUUGAUAUUUAUUGAUUAUUAUGCUUAUCCAACUUAUACUUUUGUUGAGUACAAAAUCUACGACUUCAACUCUGAUUCAUGGAGGGUUCUCGACGUUACUCCAGACUGGACUAUACAUUAUUAUGACCAUGGCAUCUCUCUCAAGGGAAAUACGUAUUGGUUUGCAAGACAGAAGAAGCUUUUAGGAGAUGUUGCUUUCUUAAUCUCUUUUGAUUUCACAAGCGAGAGAUUUGGACCGCGUUUGCCUGUACCGUUCGAGUUCGAGUGGUAUUGGGAAGCUAUUGUGAGUCUAUGUAGUGUCAGAGAGGAGCAGCUUGCGGUUUUAUUUCAGCGCUGGGACACAAAAAUGUUGGAGAUAUGGAUAACUACUAAAAUUGAGCCUGAUGCCGUGUCUUGGAACAGCAAAGUCUUCUUAGCAGUGAAUAUGAGACCACUCAUGAACUUUGGCUUUCAGUUUUUGCUUACACAUGUAAGUUUUUUCAUUGACGAGGAGAAGCGGAUCUCGUUCAGUGCAACUUGA